AUGGGAAAGGGAUUCCAAAAUUUCAUGUCCAAAAAGGACUUCCAUCCAUCAGCGUUCAGAAAUCUUAAAAUGGUUUGGGAAGCUCGUCAGAAAAAAUCGUUGGAGGACAAAAGGCAGGAAGAGUUGCGUGUACAAUAUGAAAAGGAACAGGAAAUUUUGAAUAACAAAGCACUUUUGGGAGAUGAGAAAGCGAAAAUGGGAUUGUCUUUUAUGUAUGAUGCGCCGGCGGGAAUGACGAAAAGAGAGGAGCCGAAGGAGGAACCGAAAUUCGAAUGGCAACGAAAAUACCAGGCUCCUCGCGAGGAUUGGGCCAAAGGAAACGAGGAAAUUCAGGAUCAGCCGUUUGGAAUUCAGGUGAGAAAUGUGCGAUGCUGCAAAUGCCACAAAUGGGGACAUAUCAAUACCGAUCGAGAAUGCCCGUUAUUCGGUAAAUCUGGAAAUUACGAGGAUGAAGGAUACUCGAAUAACCCUUCGGAUUUGAUCAAAGACUUGAGACGAAGAAAACGUGAUGGACGCGAAGAGCCGAAGAUGACUGAAAAAGAAGCAGAAGAUGAGGAAUGGAUUGAUAAACAACAGCUCGCUGAUGAUAUGCGAGAAGAGCACGGCAUGGUGUUGAAAGGAAAUGUGCUCGCCGGAAUGCGACAGGAUCAGCAGUUGGCUGUGAUGAAGCGCGAGAAGACCGAGGAGGAGCAAAUGCUCGAAUUUUUCAACUCGAUGAGCGAUAAGGAGAAACGAAAAAUGAUGAAGAAGUUGAUGAGUGGAGCAUCGAUCGAAGAGGUGAUGACGUCAAAGGAUAAGAAGAAAAAGAAGAAGAGUAAGAAGUCGAAAAAAAGCAAAAAAUCGAAGAAGCGGUCUAGUAGUAGUAGUAGUGACAGUGCGGAUGAUUGGAAGGAAAAGAAGAUUAAGAAGGAAGUAGAGAGUCCACCAAGGAGAGAAAUCAAGCGGGAGUUGCUUUCAGAGGAUGAGGACAGACCAGCGAGAAGAAGCAGAAGAUCUCCAUCUAAUUCACCUAAACGACGAAGACGCGAUUCUCCAGAGCCAGCGAAAAGGCAAGGUCGUUUGAUAUCAAAAUCACCUAUACGAGCAACUCGAAGAAGGCCUGAUUCAUCAACAGAAUCGCCGAAAAGACGUCGCCGCUCCGUAUCGAAAUCUCCGAAACGGGAAGUAAGAAGACGUCACGAUUCAUCGGAAAGAUCAGCGUCGCCGAAAAGACAGUUUGAUUUGCAAAAUAGAAAAAUUUCUUCGAUCGAUCCGAAAAACGAUCCAAUAGAACUCGGACACGAGGUCGUUCUCCAUCAAAUUCGCCUAUUCGGAAAAAUCGACGACGCCGACAUGAUUCUUCCUCGACUUCAUCAGCUGAUUCGUCUUCAGAACGAUCACAGUCUCCAAAAAUGUUUGGCAAGAAGCGUGACAACGAUGAGAAGCGUAGACGACGCAUCGUCGGACAUCGCCAUCGCCAAGAAGAUCGAGGUAAGUGUUGUUUGCUGCAUGUCAUCGGCACCGGGAACCAUUUUCAAAAAGUCGUUCGUCGCUCCUUCCUGUUUUUUAGACCAUUUUGAUAAGAUUGUUUUGUCGAACAGACAACUGCCGGAAAUUCAAAACAUUUAG